AUGUCGUCCGUGGUGUUGAACGACGAGGAGCUCAGGUGCUUCCGCACGAAGAUUUGCAACAAUCUCGUGAAGGGCCGGUGUAACUUCAAGGAAUCUCGCUGUAUUUUUAGCCACAACACUGUUUGUACUCGGAGGUGCCCUUUGUACCUCUCGAACACUUCUUUCAUUCGGUACAUCCCCCUCUUCUGCUCACACAUUGUUUUCACUCAGAAUUUUAGGGCAAUAAAGUCGAAUUGUCCCUUCGGGAACGAAUGCAUUUACUCUCACUCUCUGGAUGAGAUUUUGUACCAUCCUCAGUUUUACAAGACUAUUUCUUGUGAGCAUCACUUGAAGGGCGGGUGUAAGCACAUUUUUUGUCCCUUCGUUCACGACGACUCUGAGCGCAGGAUGCUUAAACACUACAAGCUUCCUUUCACCAACAAUCUUUACAUCCCUCCUAACAAGUACAUCACUGUUGUUGACGCUAUUAAUCAGCGCGGCGGCGCCAAGAAGCGUGUCGAGUCCGACACUUCUACUGUUCACUCUGUCAUAAACUCUCCUCCUCUCAUAAACCAGCACCGCACUUUCGGCGAUGCUGACUUGCAAAACGACUUAAUUAUUCUCAGGGGGAUGUCCAUGGAUCAGGGUUUUUCUACUGACUUGGGUCGCGACGUCGACUACCAUCAGACUAGGCGUGUUUCUAACUAUUCGAGCAGGCUAAGCUCCAUUGAGCAGCUUCUUUCUCACAUUACUGGCAACGUUGACGACCCUGUCGUAAACAAGGAGCUGCUUUACGACUCUAUAAAGGGGAUUUUAGACACUCCCAGGGCCUGA